GAUCAAUUGAAGAAUUACACAGAGGUCAAAAUUAAAAGAUGCUCCAAUCAUAUUGAAAAAUAUUCCACAUUAUUUGCCUGAUCAUAAAGAUUCCAAACAGACAAUUCAUGACCUCUAAUUCCACUAUAACUUCUGAAACAAAAUAUUGUAAUGAAUUGAAUCAUACAUUAUUAAGUAGAUUUUUUCGUCUUAUUUUUAAACAACCACCGGAUGUGUUUCACAACUAUUGCAACUUCAUUCCACUAUACUUUUUUCUGAAACAAAAUGUUAUAAAUAUAAUAUUUCAAAAUCAUACAUGAAUUUUUUUUUUUGGAUUAUUUUGGAACAACCACCGGAUAUGUGUUUGACGGCUACUGUAACUUGACGCUGGUGUGGAGGCGACGCAGGAGCGCUCAGGCCGCCGGGGAACACUCGAUUUCAAGUAAAACGGCAAAGCCGUAAUAGUCUCGACGGUUAAUUGUACGGGAAAAUGUUGCGGAUGACCAGUACGAGCUUCGGGGACCGGAGUCUGCGGACUCAGACCGCUUCAUCCCCGGCUCGCUGUUAGCCCGCUUCGACGUCUCAGCCGCACCAUCAUCACGGACCCACGGACGUCUUCUUCUUUCGACAGGUAUCCUGCCUGUGGGACCAGAGACUGGGUCUGACCCGGGAGAGGAUGUCGGCCGCCUGCUGUGGGGAAACAUUCCACGACCUCCGAGUCCGGUUCUGACCGGUAGAAUCGAGCUAGCAUCACCCGCACGCGCGCAGCAUCCCGACGCCUUCGCGUCCGCUGGAAUGUUAACGACGACGAGGAGGAAGUGACUUCGAACAUGCCGGGGGACGUUCCCACUCACGGACGCUUAUGGCUCGCCGGUGCCGCCUGGACCUCUCCCACCGGUCGCCUGUGAUGAGCUCGCGCCAUGUCCGUGUCCGGCCGCGUCUGUCUGCAGCCCCGCGGAUGACACGCGCGCGGGCAGCGGGGAGCCCCGACGACGGACGACGCCAGGGCCGGAGCCCGGUGCUAACCGGCUAACGGCGCCGCAACCGGAGUCCAAUGGUGUCCCACAAGGUUUUAGUUGCAGUAAUCCUUUUAAACGUGUACGUCGGCGUGCAGUCCGGUUCGUACUUGUGCGGCGGCGUGCUGCUCACGGCCCUGGUGACCAUGGCGUUUUUAAACGGACCCAGACUCCUGGACUGGGCCAGUUCACCUCCUCAUCUUCAGUUUAACAGAUACGUCCUGACCGGAUACCGGCCCAUCUCCUCCGUGCAGGACUGCAUCCGGAGCCUGUUCUACCUGCACAACGAGCUGGGGAACAUCUACACCCACGGCAUCCCUUUGGUUUGCUUCGUGGUGCUGCUGCCUCUCAACAUCCCCUGGUCUCAGAUCAGUGUCACGUGGCUGGGCGUGGUGCACUUCCUGGCCUGCCUGUCCCCCCAGCUGGGCUCUGUGGUCUACCACCUCUUCAUGAACCACGAGGGAGGGGAGCCCGUCUACCACACCCUCCUCAAGCUGGACGUGUGCGGAAUCUGCAUGAUCAACACACUGGGAGCGCUGCCUAUCGUCUACAGCACGCUGCUGUGCUACCCGUUCACCCGAACCGUGGCCCUGCUAGUCUACAUACUGCUUUCUAGCUACGCCAUCUACUGUGCCGUCACCGCUCGGAGCAGCGUGCGCCGGCUGCGCUCCUUUGCCUGGCAAGCGCUGUUCCGCUUCUCCUUCUUCCUGCUCCGAUGGGUGGGCGUGGGUGGCGGCAGCCCCACGUCGCUUCGACACUUCAUCACCAUGGACGCGCUGGCCGUGCUGGGCGGGGUCAUCAACAUCACACGCAUCCCAGAGCGCUUUCGACCGGGCCUCUUUGACUACUGGUGCAACAGUCACCAGAUUAUGCACGUGCUGGUGGUGGGCUCCAUCCUGUACCUGCACUGGGGCGUGCUGGACGAUUUGCUGUGGAUUAACAGUUACAACUGUCCGUCAGACUGACCACGCCCACCGAGACAGGCGGCACCGA